AUCAAGCCGUUCAAACGUUCAGAUUUUCAAUUUCCAUUUCUGAUUCUACAAAUCAAACGGCAUUUAAUAGACCCAAGUAUUUGGCUUAGCUAUUCCUGUUCGCCUCUCUCUGUCUGUCUCACUCUCGCUUUCUGUCUUUGUCUCACUCUCUCUCUCUCUCUGACUAAAUUCUCAGUUUCAUUCACUUCUCUUAUCGUUUUCUUGCUGUGGAUCUUCAUUCUCUCCUUUUUUGUUUUCUUUCCGGUGGUCGUCAGAUCCGCUGGAGGGAAUUUUUAAGCCCUUCGAUGUGUGGACUCUGACUGCCUUCUGAUCUGAUACACCUGCGGACCAGGGGUUGUGCGAUGGGGCAGUGUUAUGGCAAGACCAAUCCAACCAAUGAAAAUGACGGGACAACUACCACUACCGUUGUCGUAUCCGGCGAUCGGAACCAGGUUCCAUUAACGCCGUCCAAUCCGGGGAACGGUGUGCGGUCGGUGAAGAACACGCCAGCACGGUCCUCGAAUCCCAGCCCAUGGCCGAGCCCUUACCCGCAUGGCACGGCGGCGAGCCCUCUGCCAGCCGGAGUUUCACCGUCUCCAGCUAGGGCAUCGACUCCGAGGAGGUUCUUCCGUAGGCCUUUCCCUCCACCGUCGCCGGCGAAGCACAUUAAGGCUUCUCUCGCCAAGCGGCUUGGAGUGGGAAAGCCGAAGGAGAGUCCGAUUCCUGAAGACGGGAGCACCGAGCCGCAGCAGGCUCUGGACAAGAGCUUUGGGUACAGCAAGAAUUUCGGAGCCAAGUACGAGCUGGGGAAGGAGAUUGGGCGGGGACAUUUUGGUCAUACUUGCUCAGCUAGGGGCAAAAAGGGUGAGGUCAAGGAUCAGCCUGUUGCCGUGAAGAUCAUCUCCAAAGCCAAGAUGACAACUGCAAUUUCAAUUGAAGAUGUUCGUAGGGAGGUGAAAAUAUUAAAAGGACUAUCAGGACACACACAUCUGGUCAAAUUUUAUGAUGCAUGUGAGGAUGCCAAUAACGUAUACAUAGUCAUGGAAUUGUGCGAGGGUGGGGAACUCUUGGACAGAAUUUUAGCCAGAGGGGGAAGAUACACAGUGGAAGAUGCAAAAGCUAUAGUUGUGCAAAUCUUAAGUGUGGUUGCGUUUUGUCAUCUUCAAGGCGUUGUACACCGUGAUUUGAAGCCUGAGAAUUUCCUUUUCUCUUCUGCAAGUGAAGAUUCUGACUUGAAGCUUAUUGAUUUCGGCCUUUCUGACUUUAUCAGACCAGAUGAGAGACUCAAUGAUAUUGUUGGAAGUGCUUACUAUGUUGCACCUGAAGUCUUGCAUAGAUCAUAUAGUCUAGAAGCAGAUAUAUGGAGCAUUGGUGUGAUUGCUUAUAUCUUGCUAUGUGGGAGUCGGCCUUUCUGGGCACGUACAGAGUCAGGAAUCUUUCGUGCAGUUUUGAGAUCUGAUCCCAACUUUGAUGAUUUACCCUGGCCUUCUGUCACUCCAGAAGCCAAGGACUUUGUGAGGAGACUUUUAAGCAAGGACUAUAGAAAAAGAAUGACCGCCGUCCAAGCAUUAACUCAUCCAUGGUUGCGGGAUGAUGCUCGUCCUAUCCCUCUGGAUAUAUUGAUCUACAAGCUAGUCAAAUCAUACCUUCACGCAACACCUUUCAAACGUGCAGCUCUGAAGGCUCUCUCAAAAGCUCUGACUGAAGACGAGCUGCUGUAUCUUAGAGCUCAAUUCAUGCUCUUGGAACCAAACAAUGAUGGCAGUGUUUCGCUUGAUCAUUUCCGAGUGGCUCUUGCAAGAAAUGCAACUGAUGCCAUGAGGGAGUCACGAGUUCCUGAUAUAAUUAGCGCGAUGGAGUCACUUUCUUAUAGAAAAAUGUACUUUGAAGAGUUCUGUGCGGCUGCAAUCAGCACCCAUCAACUGGAGGCUCUUGAAGGAUGGGAGCAAAUUGCUUCUACUGCUUUCCAGAAUUUUGAGCGGGAAGGUAACCGAGUCAUCUCAAUCGAAGAAUUGGCACGGGAAUUGAAUGUUGGACCUUCGGCCUAUUCAUUUAUGAAAGAUUGGAUCAGAAACACAGAUGGAAAGCUUAGUUUACUUGGUUAUACAAAAUUUUUACAUGGCGUUACCCUUCGUAGCUCAAAUACAAGACAACAUUAGCUCUCUUCUAGCUUGUGAUACAUAGUUUCCAGAAAAUUUAUCUGCUUUUGGCUGGACUGGGCUGUGAGGGAUAUGUUUCCUCUUGAGGUUGAAGGUGGGGGUACAUAUAUAAUAAUGUGCAUAAUUGAAUGAUAGAAGUCAGUGGCAGUUCUCAGAUUAUAGAGAGGUGAGUUUAAAGAUUUUUUUUUUCUCUUCUGGCACCCAAUUUUUGCAUUUCCUUCUUGUAAAUGAGGUUAAGCUUGAAAUGCUACUGCUAUAUCUCUUAUAGCUAAAAAGAACAUAGGUUGACAACAACUAGUUCUUAUUUUGAUUGCUGGAGCUUUUUGUUAUUUAGUUCAAAUUCUUGUAACUAUACAUGAUACAUAAUGAAUAGUUUGCAUGAGUUUUUCG